AUGGCGAGAGCUAUUCGAUUCUUCGAAGUGAACACCGGAGCUCAGAUCCCCUCCGUGGCCCUAGGCACAUGGCAGGCUGCCCCCGGCGUAGUCGGCGACGCUGUCGCCACAGCAAUUAAGGUUGGGUAUAGACAUAUCGAUUGUGCUCAAGCUUAUGGCAAUGAGGAGGAGAUUGGUGCCGUUUUGAAGAAGCUAUUUGAAGAUGGUAUAGUGAAGCGUGAAGACUUAUGGAUCACCUCCAAACUAUGGUGUACUGAUCAUGCUCCAGAAGAUGUUCCAGUAGCACUAGACAGAACUUUGAGGGACUUGCAACUUGACUAUCUAGACUUGUAUCUGAUCCAUUGGCCGGUCAGCAUGAAAAGGGGAUCAGUAGGUUUUAAGCCUGAAAAUCUUAUUCAUCCUGACAUACCCAAUACAUGGAGAGCAAUGGAAACACUCUACGAUGCUGGCAAGGCUCGAGCUAUCGGUGUGAGCAAUUUCUCCCCAAAGAAGCUAGGGGAUUUGUUGGAGGUAGCACGUAUUCCUCCCGCUGUCAACCAAGUAGAAUGUCAUCCUUCAUGGCAGCAGUCCAAGCUUCGUGCAUUCUGUAAAUCCAAGGGAGUUCACCUAUCUGGGUAUUCACCAUUGGGUUCCCCAGGUACAGCAUCUCUCAAGAGCGAGGUCCUUAAGAAUCCCAUUUUAAAUAUGGUGGCAGAGAAAUUGGGCAAGUCUCCCGCACAAGUUGCUCUUCGGUGGGGCCUACAGAUGGGUCACAGUGUUCUACCCAAGAGCACAAGUGAGGCUAGGAUCAAGGAAAACUUUGACGUUUUUGACUGGUCAAUCCCUGAUGACCUCUUUGCCAAGUUGUCUGAACUAGAGCAGGCAAGGCUUGUUAGAGGUUCCCCAUUUGUGCACGAGACUUUUGGCGCGUAUAAAACCGUUGAAGAGCUCUGGGAUGGUGAGCUUUGAGCAGACACAGAGAGUUUGCAUAAACUAUUUGGUCGACAUCCCAAAUGAUUCUUCUGUGCUUAUUCAAUUACUGCUUAAAUCUUAGUAUUCUGCGAUUAAUCGCCAGAGCUAAUUCUAGUAGUGGAGUUUCAAAGAAAUAACAGAGAAUUUUUCCAGCAGAUAUUAGGUCCAGAGCAAUGAGAUGUAUAUGGUGAUAUAGCAUAAUAAAGGUGAAUUUCAUUCAAUACCUA